AUGGAUAAAAAGGUAACACAUGCGCUUAUCCUUUUAUGCCUUCAACUCUUUGCCUGUUUCUACCAAAGCAAAGGUGACGCCCUCCAUGAGAUCAAAGGAAUGUUCGUAUUCGGGAGCUCCCUGGUCGACAAUGGCAACAACAACUUCCUUCAAAACUCGUUGGCUAAAGCUGAUUUCUUGCCCUACGGAAUUGACUUCCCUCUCGGACCAACUGGCCGGUUUACGAACGGCAAAAAUGUCGUUGACCUGCUCGGUGAGAUGCUUAUGCUUCCGUGUCUUAUUCCAACUUUUUCCGACCCUUCAACAAAGGGCAUCAGAGUGGUCCAUGGUGUCAACUUUGCCUCUGGUGCCUCUGGUAUUUUGGACGAAACUGGUUUUGUUGCGAACUUGGAGGAGAUAACAUUGCCGGAACUGGAAAAACAGUUGGGAACCAGGGAAAUUAUAAAAAACUACAUGUUCAUAGUGGGAACGGGAGGGAACGACUAUUCCUUCAACUACUUCCUGAGAAGAGGCGACAACAAUCUCACCCUUCAAGAUUUCACUGCCAAUCUCACCAAUUCACUUUCCCUCCAACUCAAGAAGUUGUACAAAUUAGGAGCAAGGAAGUUUGUGUUGAUGUCGAUAAAUCCACUGGGAUGUUAUCCAAUGGUGAACGCAUUGCGAAACGGAAGCAACUGCAUCGAAGCUCUGAACCGGGCGGCCACGCUCUUCAACGACGGGUUAAAAUGGUUGGUAGAUGUGGCUAAAUCUGACAUGCCAGAAUCCAAUCUUGUUUUUGUCAACUCUUACAAGAUUAUAAGCGAUAGCAUCGAAAACCCUUCCUCCAGAGGUUUCAGAGAUGUUAACAAUGCAUGUUGUGAAGUGGUGGCAUCGUCACAGUUGGGAGGCGGUGGGGUUUUAUGCAAGGAAGGUGGGAGAACAUGCAACGACAGAAGGGGUCAUGUGUUCUUCGAUGGGCUUCAUCCCACGGAAGCAGUGAAUGUAGAAAUAGCAAUCAAGGCUUUCACUUCUAAGCUUCAAACUGAAGUUUAUCCCAUUAAUGUUCAUCAACUUGCCCUGCUUUAGACACAGAUUUCUAAGCUUCAAUUGUGUAUCGUUUUCCGUCGCUGUUU